AAAGUGCAAAAGUGUUUACGGCAAAGGGAAAAGCAUUGCUUGUUUUACAUUUCCCGUGUCGUUUUCUCCAUUUCAAUUGGUUUCCUCAAUCAAUUGAAGGAAAACACUCAUCAUGGAGACUAUUUUCGAAAUACAAAGGCGUUUGCAUGAGGAAUGUGACCGCCUGGUUAUGGCCAUGUCGGAGGAGCUGAUGAUCCCGAAGAAGACGACCAAAGAAAAAGUGCUGGCUGAUCACAGGAUAAAAAUCUAUCUGGAACGCUACCAAACUUGCUCGAAGUCGCUGCUGGAACUGUACCAGGACAAGGAUGGUGAGCGGAAGCAGGAGAUUACCAAUAUGAGUGUAAACGAGUUCAAAGAGUUCUACAGCCAGUUCAAUGGGUUGAUCGAGUUUCACUCCAACCACGGCAACAAUGUGGCCGUGCCGGCAUCGAUCGAGUUUAACAAGCUGAAGGAUCAGCUGAACGAUCCGGCGUACCUAGCGGAAGUGGUAAAGUUCAGCGACGUUGAAAACUAUGGCCAGUAUCUGGAUCUGCACGAGUGCUACGACAACUUUAUCAACCUGAAAGGCAUCGACAAGAUUGACUACAUUACGUAUCUGUCGGAGUUCAACAAGUUCGCCGAAAUACCGCGGAAGCAGAAGAACCAAAAAUAUAAGGCGUAUCUGCAGCUACUGCACGACUACCUAUGCUCGUUCAUCACACGCAGUCGGCCGCUUUUCUUUGAGCUAGAGCACACGGUCAAGCGCAACGAGUUGCAGUUUGAGGACAUGUGGAAGAACGGCAUCGUGCCGGGAUGGGAGAAGGUGCGCGAGGUGGACGACGAUGCGUUGAUUAACUUGAACGAGUUCGCCCGUUGGGAGGAUCUGACCUACCUGGGGCUCGAUCGGCUGAAGGCGGCCCUGCAGGCACUCGACAUGAAGUGCGGCGGUACACUGGAGGAACGUGCACAACGUUUGUUUUCCUCCAAAGACGAUAAGAACAAGGACAACGAACGGAAGCGCAUGAUGAACGUGAACAAGGAGAAGGACAUCGCGCUGCUCGAGUACAAGAUAGUGAAGCUGUCGGAGCUAGUGGACGACCAGAUCUACGAGACGAAGAUCAAUCUGCAGCGCAAGCAGGCCCGCUACACGCUCGACGAGAGCGAUGAGGACAGCAUGGACGAGGUCGAGUCGGACGAUGACGAUGGCAUUCCGUACAACCCGAAGAAUCUGCCCCUCGGGUACGACGGCAAACCGAUCCCGUACUGGCUGUACAAGCUGCACCAGCUGCACUUUACGUACGAGUGUGAAAUCUGCGGCAACUACAAGUACAACGGGCCGAAAGCGUUCCAGAACCAUUUCUCCGAGUGGCGGCACGCGCACGGCAUGCGCUGCCUGGGCAUCCCCAAUACGGCCCACUUCGCUAACAUUACGAAGAUCGAGGACGCGCUGAUGCUGUGGGACAAGGUGAAGGAUCAGACGUUUUCGAAGAUGUGGGUACCGGCAAACGAGGAAGAGUUCGAAGAUUCGCGCGGUAACAUUCUCAGCAAGAAGGUGUAUCUGGAUCUGCAAAAACAAGGUUUGCUGUAGAUUACGGCAUCGUACCCAACGACGCGCCAGAAGAGCAACGAAAUGGCACGCCCCACAGCGCGACGCUUCUGCUAGGAAACAGAACAUGUAUCAUUUGGCCGUUGGCGCCAGCAAACGGCUCCUUGUUCCGUAUUCUGUUUACGUUUGCACGAACCCGUUUCGUAAUUUGCAUCCAACGUGUCUGGCACUGCGAUCGAGCGAAAGGGUGGGCGCGCUGGUUUGUGAAGCUAUAGGGAAAAGGGGUGCACGAAAAAGUCUAAUUUUAAACCACACGAAAGGGAGACGAACAUGAUCUUUUCAUUUAUGUGUAAAAUACCAAGUGUCGGACGACGGUCGCGGACAUCUUCGUUUGAAUGAUUACAAUAAAAUAUCUGCCUCCCGAAAACAAAUCGUUUUGUUUACUGUCUUCGCAAAAACACGUAAAGAAAUGGUGUUUUAAUAAUAUGCUAAAUAAAGCAAUGAUUCAUGGAAG